AUGAAGACUUUCUACAACAUCUACGCCAUCUGUGGCUUCGCCGCCAUUGGUGGUGGACUUUUCGGUUUCGACAUCUCUUCCAUGUCCGGCGUGCUUGGAACGCCCGCCUAUGGCAGAUACUUUGGCCAUCCCGCAGGCACCCGUCAGGGUGGUAUCACCGCUUCCAUGCCCGCUGGCUCACUUUUCGGUGCCCUGUGUUCCUCCUUCAUUGCCGAUCGCCUGUCUCGCCGAACCGCUAUCCAGAUUGCAGCCAUCAUCUGGUGCGUCGGUGCUAUCCUCCAGGCUGCUUCUAACGGUGUCGCUCUUCUCUGUGUUGGCCGUGUUGUCGGUGGCUUCGCCAUCGGUAUCUGUUCGGCCAUCGUCCCGGUAUACCAGAGUGAGAUCGCACCCAAGGAGAGCCGCGGCCGAUUUGUAUCGUUUCAGCAGUGGGCUAUUACGUGGGGAAUUCUGAUUCAAUACUUCAUCCAGUACGGCUCUUCUUUCUACGAUGGCGGCGUCAAAAACGAGCUCCAAGGAACAGCUGCUUUCCGCAUCCCAUGGGGCAUCCAGGCGGUUCCAGGCGCCAUCCUGUUCGUCGGCCUCUUCUUUUUCCCUCGUUCCCCGCGUUGGCUCGCGUCCAAGGAUCGCUGGGAGGAGGCACUCACUGUCCUCGCCAACCUCCACGGCUCGGGCGAUGUCAACCACCCAAAGGUCCUUGCCGAGUACAAAGAGAUCGAGGAAGCUCUCCGCUUCGAGCGCGAGGAGGCUGUCACCAGCUUCGCUGCGCUUGUCAAGCCCCGCAUCCUCAAGCGUGUCAUCCUCGGCAUGUCGAUCCAAAUGUGGUCACAACUGUGCGGCAUGAACAUAAUGAUGUAUUAUAUCGUGUUUAUCAUGCGCGGCGCCGGCAUCGCAGACGAGCUCUUGACCUCGUCUAUCCAGUAUAUCAUCAACGUCGCCAUGACUUUGCCCGCGAUUUUGUACCUAGACAAGUUCGGUCGUCGCCCGGCGCUCCUCGUCGGCAGUUUCUUGAUGAUGACAUGGCUUUUUACCACUGGAGCUCUCCAGGCCUCAUACGGAGUUCCCAACCCCGAUAAAACCGACAAGGACAUCUCCUGGGUCGUUCCCAAGGAGCACGGCGGCGUCUCCAAGGCCAUCGUUGCUUGCUCCUAUCUUUUCGUCGCUUCCUUCGCUACUACCUGGGGACCCGUCUCCUGGACAUACCCGUCGGAAAUCUUCCCUGCCAAGGUCCGUGCUAAGGCUGUUUCUCUGGCCACAGCCAGUAACUGGACAUGGAACUGCAUUCUCGCUUUUGCCGUCCCUCCUCUCCUCUGGAGCAUCAACUGGAAGAUGUAUAUGAUCUUUGGCACCUUCAACGGCCUUGCUCUGAUCCACAUGUUCUUGGCAGCGCCUGAGACCAAGGGCAAGACUCUUGAAGAGAUGGACACCGUCUUCGACAGCGGCAUCCCUGCGUGGAGGGCUGGCAAGAUCGAAUCGCGUCUCGACCAGCUUCAGCGCGAUAUCGAGGCAGGUGACGUCAAGGUUUCCACCAACAAGGGGCCCGGCCAGGUUGAGGACGUCUCUUACGAGCCCAAGGCUUAG